AUGCUGAAAAAACUCAAUGUUACAGCUCCACCAUUAGUUAAAGGUCUCGAAGAAGCAACAUUUGAUGGCUUAGUUAAGUAUAUUAAAUCAGGUCAUGCAACAAAUACAGUUUUUCUAACUGGAGCAGGAACUUCUGUUGCAUCAGGUAUUCCUGAUUUUAGAACACCCAAGAUUGGUCUAUAUGCUAAUCUGGAUAAAUACAAGCUACCAUAUCCAGAAGCAGUUUUCGAUAUAGAAUUUUUCGAUACAAACCCAGGUCCAUUCUUUGAUGUUUGCAGAAACAUUCUUCCUGGAACAUUCAAGCCAUCUCCAGCACACUAUCUUCCAGUUUUAUUUGACAAACACAAAUUAUUAACACGACUUUACACGCAAAACAUUGACAGUCUUGAUAUAUCAGCAGGAUUACCACUAGAUAAGAUAGUUGAGGCGCAUGGAAGCUUUACAUACCUUACAUGUCGCAAAUGCGGAAGUAAAUUUGAAUUUGCAGAUUAUAAAGAAGAAUUCCAGACAGGAAAGGUUGUACACUGUCGUGAAUGCAAAGAAGGCGUCAUUAAGCCUGAUGUUGUCUUCUAUGGAGAAGAUUUACCUCAAAGAUUCCAUCAUUUAAGCGAAAAUGACUUUUCUACAGCCAAUCUUCUCAUUAUCAUGGGAACAUCAUUAACUGUAUCACCAUGUUGCAUGCUCCCAGGAUAUUGCCCACCAAACUGUGUCAGAGUUUUAAUUAAUAAUGAACCAGCAGGAAAAUGCCCAGAAGCAAUCAAAGUUGACAAAAACGGUGUCGGUCAUAACAAGUACGAAAAGGAAGAGCCACAUUUACUUACAUAUAAUUGCGAAACAAACACCAGAGAUAUAUUCUUGAAAGGCGACCUUCAAGAAAUCUGCGAAAAAUUAAUUAAUGCAUUGGGAUGGAAUAAUGAAUACUUGAAACUCAAGAAAUAA